CCGGGUCCUAAAAGACUAAGUUGAAGCCUGGCUCUUCCCCUGUGGUGGCUUCUGUCUCGCUUCCACCGCUGCUCCAGGAGAAGAAUGGCACUGAAACAGAUUUCCAGAAACAAGUGCUUUGGAGGAUUUCAGAAAGUUUUUGAACAUAACAGUGUUGAGCUGAAAUGCAAAAUGAAAUUUGCUAUCUACCUACCACCAAAGGCAGAAACUGAAAAGUGCCCUGCACUAUAUUGGCUGUCUGGUUUAACUUGUACAGAACAAAAUUUUAUAACGAAGUCUGGUUUUCAUCGAGCUGCCUCAGAACAUGGCCUUGUCGUCAUUGCUCCAGACACCAGCCCUCGUGGCUGCAAUAUUAAAGGAGAGGAUGAGAGCUGGGACUUCGGCACCGGCGCUGGGUUUUAUGUGAACGCCACUGAAGACCCUUGGAAAACCAACUACAGAAUGUACUCUUACGUGACAGAGGAGCUUCCCCAACUCAUAAAUGCCCAUUUUCCAGUGGACCCCCAAAGGAUGUCUAUUUUUGGCCACUCGAUGGGAGGCCAUGGAGCUCUGAUUUGUGCUUUGAAAAAUCCUGGAAAAUACAAAUCUGUAUCAGCAUUUGCUCCAAUCUGCAACCCAGUGCUCUCUUCUUGGGGCAAGAAAGUCUUCACUGGAUAUUUGGGAACAGAUGAAAGUAAAUGGAAGGCUUACGAUGCAACCCAUCUUGUGAAGUCCUAUCCAGGUUCUCACCUAGACAUAUUAAUUGAUCAAGGAAAAGACGAUGAGUUUCUUUUAGACGGACAGCUACUCCCUGAUAACUUCAUUGCUGCCUGUACAGAAAAGAAAAUCCCUGUUGUUUUAAGAUUACAAGAGGGUUAUGAUCAUAACUACUACUUCAUUGCAACCUUUAUUACUGACCACAUCAGACAUCAUGCAAAAUACCUGAAUGCAUGAAGAACUUCAGACAAGAGAAUCUCUUCGGGAUUACAAAAGUUGUAAUAAACCAAACUGCCAAGAGAAAAAGAUUUCAAAACAUUGGAUUUCAUAAAGCUAAAAGCACUUCCUUCUACAGUUGAAUCACCUUCUGAAUAAAUAUAUAAAAUCUCCUUCUGACUUAAAAAGUUAUUUUG